AUGGAGCAGAUCCAGUUUGCCAACGCGGAGGAUAAACAGGAGUUUCAGAAGUACCCCACUAAGGCCGGCCGGCGUUCCCUCUCUCGCUCCAUCUCCCAGUCCUCCACAGAUAGCUACAGCUCAGCUGCGUCCUACUCAGACAGCUCAGAUGACGAGACCUCUCCUCGGGACAAGGCCCAGGCCAACUCCAAGGGCAGCAGCGACUUCUGCGUUAAGAACGUCAAACAGGCAGAGUUCGGCAGACGGGAGAUCGAGAUCGCAGAGCAAGAUAUGUCAGCCCUGAUCUCGCUGAGGAAGAGAGCCCAGGGGGAGAAGCCUCUAGCUGGGGCGAAGAUAGUGGGCUGCACCCACAUAACAGCUCAGACUGCAGUUCUGAUCGAGACCCUGGUAGCUCUUGGAGCUCAGUGUCGUUGGACAGCCUGUAACAUCUACUCUACUCAGAACGAGGUGGCUGCUGCCCUGGCAGAGACUGGUGUGCCUGUGUUUGCGUGGAAGGGCGAGUCAGAGGAUGACUUUUGGUGGUGCAUCGACCGCUGUGUCAACAUGGAAGGCUGGCAGGCCAACAUGAUCUUGGAUGACGGAGGGGAUCUGACCCACUGGGUUUAUAAGAAGUACCCCAGCGUGUUUAAGAAGGCUCAGGGCAUUGUGGAGGAGAGUGUCACUGGAGUCCACAGGUUGUACCAGCUGUCUAAGGCAGGCAAGCUGUGUGUCCCGGCCAUGAAUGUGAACGACUCUGUUACCAAGCAGAAGUUUGACAACCUCUACUGCUGCAGAGAGUCCAUCCUGGACGGUUUGAAGCGGACCACUGAUGUGAUGUUUGGGGGUAAACAGGUGGUGGUGUGUGGUUAUGGAGAGGUGGGGAAGGGUUGCUGUUAUGCUCUGAAGGCCCUGGGAGCCAUCGUCUGCAUCACAGAGAUAGACCCCAUCUGUGCCCUGCAGGGCUGCAUGGAUGGGUUCAGGGUGGUGAAGCUGAAUGAAGUCAUUCGUCAGAUGGACCUGGUGAUAACCUGCACAGGCAAUAAGAACGUGGUGACCAGAGAGCAGCUGGACCGGAUGAAGAACGGCUGUAUAGUCUGCAACAUGGGACAUUCCAAUACUGAGAUUGAUGUGGCCAGCCUGCGGAGCCCGGAGCUUACCUGGGAGAGGGUGCGUUCUCAGGUGGACCAUGUGAUCUGGCCCGACGGCAAGAGGGUUGUCCUGCUGGCUGAGGGUCGUCUUUUGAAUUUGAGCUGUUCUACAGUGCCUACGUUUGUCCUGUCCAUCACAGCCACUACUCAGGCCCUGGCUCUGAUUGAGCUGUUCAAUGCUCCUGAGGGACGCUACAAACAGGAUGUCUAUCUGCUGCCUAAGAAGAUGGAUGAGUAUGUGGCCAGUUUGCAUCUGUCCAAUUUUGACGCCCACCUGACAGAGUUGUCUGAUGAGCAGGCGAAGUACAUGGGUCUGAACAAGAACGGCCCCUUCAAACCCAACUACUACAGGUACCGAGAAAUGUUGGCACACACACACCUUACAUAUAUGUGCAUGUAUGUUUGUGUAGUCUGAGAGAAGGAAUCAGAUAUGGCCAUGGUUUGCAACACUUCUGCUACUUCAUAGUGUAAUGGCUAGGUUGGGUAAGCCACGACCUUCCAAAUGUUUUAUUUAUCCCUCCCUUUUUCCCACCUAGUCAGCUCGGGGAUUCGAACCAGCGACCUUUCAGUUACUUGUCCAAAGCUCUUAACUACUAGGGUACCUGCCGCCUGUUGUAACGUUGGCUGUUGGAAAAAUAGCUCUGGGAUAGGGUUGGAGUGACUGUCAAAGGCAAAGUAAACCAUUAGGCUAUGACUACAAACAAAGGAAUAGAAACCAAUAUAAAGGAGCAAGUAUUUGGUGAAAAGGAAAGGACAACUCCUAUAAUCAUUGACACAUUCAGGGAAAUAAGGAAUUCGAUAUUUAGAAAGGGUAAAGAACCACAGACUGGCUGACGUACAGAACCCUGUGAUACACAACCGGGUUAAACCAUGCAAGAAGAACCAGGUCAGCUUUUUCAACAACAAAACAAAACAUUCUCUCAAACAUUUCAGAUAAUGGUUUCCUCUGUAUUGAUGCUGACAGGUGAGGCUAUUUAAGUGGGUGUGGGUAGAAUUCCCACCUUCCUUUCUAGUGUGGUGAUUGGCUGUUGGGGAAAGCAGUCAAGUAGAAGUGAUCUGGGUUUUUCUUUGUUUCUUUCUUUUGUUGAUUGAGUAGUUUUAGGGGUAG